CAUAAUAAUUCUUAAAAUAAUUGUAUCGUAUACAAUGGAGGACUUUCUCACAUGGCGGUAAAUCGGCGCGCGCACUUCACUCAAGGUUGAGACAAGGGUAGAAGGCGCUACUAGAGAUGGAGAUUCAGGCAAUCCAUCAAAAUUUGCACUGGGAACCCAAUAACAUACAGAAUGCUAAUUACACUUCUGAUGAAGAUGACUUUGAAAGCGGAAAUAGUACUGCCAAACUGUACGAACGAUCACGUAUCAAAGCUCUUGCAGAUGAACGUGAGGUUGUUCAGAAAAAGACAUUCACAAAAUGGGUGAAUUCCCAUCUUUCGGUUGUAUCUUGUAAUAUCGAAGAUCUAUAUCUGGACUUAAGAGACGGAAAAAUGCUCUUAAAACUUUUGGAAAUCUUAUCUGGUGAACGUUUACCUCGGCCAACAAGGGUAAAAUGCGAAUUCAUUGUUUAGAAAAUGUGGACAAGUCGUUAAAUUUCCUGUGUGAUCAACAUGUUCAUCUGGAAAAUGUUGGCGCUCAUGAUAUUGUUGACGGAAAUGCAAGACUUACUCUAGGACUUAUUUGGACUAUUAUUCUGCGCUUCCAAAUUCAAGAUAUAAUUGUUGAGGAGUAUCAGACAAGUGAAACUCGUUGUGCUAAAGACGCCUUGUUGCUAUGGUGCCAGAUGAAAACAGCAGGUUAUCCUAACGUCAAUGUUCGGAACUUUACGACAAGUUGGCGUGAUGGUUUGGCUUUCAAUGCCUUAAUUCAUAAGCAUCGACCUGAUCUAGUUGAAUAUUCCAAGCUAUCCAAAUCAGAACCUUUAAAGAAUCUUGCUACUGCCUUCAGUGUAGCUGAAGAGAAAUUAAAUCUCCAUCCUCUUUUAGAACCCUCUGAUGUUGCUGUUGAACAGCCCGAUGAAAAGUCUAUUAUUACUUAUGUUGUUACAUACUACCAUUAUUUCAAUAAAAUGAAAGCUGACACUGUGCACUCAAAGAGAAUUGGUAAAGUUGUCAACCAGGCCAUUGAAACUGACGAUAUGAUAAAUCAGUAUGAACAAUUAACCUCCGAUCUUCUUGAUUGGAUUAAAAAGACUAUAACGCUACUGGAUGAUCGUACAUUCGCUAAUUCCCUCUCCGGUGUACAACAUCAGUUGGCAGGCUUUAACACCUACAGGACAGUUGAAAAGCCACCUAAAUUCAGGGAGAAGGGAGGCCUUGAAGUUUUGCUAUUCACUAUUCGAAGUAAAAUGCGAGCAAAUAAUCAAAGACAGUACAAUCCACCUGAGGGAAAAAUGAUAGCUGAUAUAAAUCGUGCUUGGGAAAAGUUGGAAAGUGCUGAGCAUGCACGAGAAUUAGCUGUACGAGAUGAACUUAUACGUCAGGAGAAGUUGGAACAGUUAGCUUCACGUUUCGAUCGUAAAGCUGGUAUGAGAGAAACAUGGCUUACGGAUAAUCAGCGGCUUGUCUUACAAGAGUUCUUUGGUGAUAAUCUUGCAGCUGUUGAGGCUGCAACAAAGAAACAUGAGGCCAUUGAGACAGAUAUAUAUGCUUACGAAGAACGCGUGAAUGCUAUGGUUAAUGUUGCUGAGGAACUUAAGAGGGAAAAUUAUCAUGCCCAUGAAAACAUUCAACUGCGGAGAGAUAAAGUACUCGGUAUGUGGCGUAACCUACUUGAUUCGUUAAGCCUCCGCCGUCAACACUUAGAACUAAGUUUACAAUUACAACAUAUCUUCCAAGAAAUGACCUAUCUGAUGGAUUGGAUCGAUGAAAUAAAGAGCCGUCUCAAAUCUCAAGACUAUGGUAAACACUUGAUGGGUGUUGAAGAUCUCUUGCAAAAGCAUAGUUUACUAGAAGCUGAUAUGCGUGUACUUGGCGGUAGAAUGAACCAAGUUGUUGAUCAAGCGGCUCCAUUCAUUGUUGGCUCCUUCACACCAGAUGUUGGCACAUACAGACCUAUUGAACCAGAAAUUGUUCAAGAACGCACUGAGAAGUUGCGUGCAGCAUACGAUGACUUACAUGAUUUGGCAGAAGCACGUCUCCGUGGCCUUCGUGAUUCACGUGAAAUGUGGCAAUUCUUCUGGGAUAUGGAGGAUGAGAAAGAAUGGAUUAAAGAAAAAAGUCAGCUUAUGUCAAGUCCAGACUUAGGACAUGAUUUAAGUUCAGUAAGUCGUUUGUUGCGUAAACACAAAGCCCUGGAAGAAGAGUGUCAAAUGCAUCGUAUUGUUCUAGAAGAUGCAUUAAAACACGGUGAACAACUUAUUACAGAUGGAAAUCAAGGUGCUGAACAGAUAUCACAGCGUAUCGCUGAAAUGAAUCAACUCUGGGGUCAGUUAGUUGACUUGAUAACGGAACGUAAACAACGCUUAAUUGAAUCACAAGAUUUCUUCCAAUUAAUGGCAGACUGUGAUGAUGCAGAUGUAUGGUUGACUGAUCAGCAGCGAAUUGUUAGUAAUGAAGAUGUUGGGCUUAAACAAGCUACAACAGAAUCCUUAUUGAAAAACAACCAAGAAGUUAUGGAUAAUCUACUUAACUACCAAGAAACUAUAUCUCAACUAAAUCAAGAUGCUGCACGAGUUUCAGACUAUCCUGACAGCGAUGCUACAGCCAUAGCACAACGCCUGGAUGCUGUUGAUCAGCAUUAUGCUCUUGUUAAAGAAUUAUGCAGAUUACGUCAGAAACGUCUCAAUGAUGCUCUUUCAAUGUAUAAGCUAUUUGAUGAUUCUGAUACCGUUCGAACAUGGAUAACUGAGAAGGAGAAACUACUGACCACGUUGGUUCCGAGUGAUGAAAUCGAAGAAUUAGAGGUUAUUCGACAUAGAUUCGAGUGUUUCGAAAAAGAGAUGGCUGGUAAUGCUGAGAAGGUUGGCAAUGUAAAUCUACUCUCCGAAAGAAUGCUUGAUAAAGAUCAUCCAGAUGCUGAAAAGAUAUUAAGACAUCAAGACGAACUCAAUGCAUCAUGGAAUGAAUUGGCAGAUCUUGUUGAUAAACAGAAAAAGCAAUUAGAUUUAUCUUAUCAGUAUAAUCAAUUUUUAAUUGAAAGUGCAGAAACUGCCAAUUGGAUAAAGGAUAAAGCUAAAUUAAUCGAAUCAACUGAUGAAUUAGAUAACAACUUGGAGGGAAUUAUGCAACUUCAACGUCGUCUUGGUGGAUUACAGCGAGAUUUAAAUGCUAUUGAAGCUAAGGUUAAACAUUUGGAUGAACAGGCACAGGAACUCGCUGAAGCUAAACCAGAAACACAGGAUGUUGUUUUAGCUGAAAAAGAGAAAAUUCAUGAAUUAUGGAAUGAACUGAAGGAAAUUGUCAAGGAAAGAGAUGAUCGACUGAAUGAUUCCAGUGAAUUACAACGUUUCCUGCAGGAUCUGGAUCAUUUCCAAAUAUGGCUUCGACGAACACAAAUAACAGUAGCCUCAGAAGAUGUUCCAAAUAACUUAGAGGAAGCUGAAACUCUUUUAGAUCAACAUGAACAAUUGAAAGCAGAAAUUGACGGAUAUGAAAGUGAUUUCCAUCGAUUAAUGGAUUUCGGUCGACGUGUCACUGAAGCUCAAACAGAUGCUCAGUACAUGUUCUUAGCUCAACGAUUAGAUGGCAUUGAAGAAAAUUGGGAGGCUCUACGCAGAAUGCAUGAUAAUCGUACCGUUGCAUUACAAGAAGGUGUUGAAGCUCAAACAUUCUUUAGAGAUGCAUUACAAGCUGAAGUUCUUCUAACAAAAAUGGAGAAGGUUGUAUCUAAGGAAGAGGCUCCCACUUCCUUGGAAAUGGCACAAGAAAAUCUUCGUAAUUUCGAAACCUUCCGUGCUUCUUUAGUGCCAACUGACGAGAAAAUUGAUAAUGUACUUAGUGAUGGUGCAAGAUUAGUUGCACGUGGUACUUUCCCAGCUGAGAAGAUUCAAAAUAAAUGCGAACAAAUUAAACAACGACGAGAUUCUCUGAAGAGACGAGCAGAUGAACAUGGCGAAAAAUUGAAGGAACAAUUACAUCUUCAAGAAUUCUGUCAAGAUGUGGACGAUGCUGAAGAAUGGCUUGCUGAAAAGGCCUUAGUAAUAACAGAACAACCGACGCCACUUGCUCGAAAUAUUGCUGCUUUAUACGGACGAUUCAAAGCAUUUGAAGGGGAACUUGAGGCGAACAAGGACAAAAUUGCUAAAGUUAUCGAGGAAGGAGAAGAGCUUAUUGCUGCUCAUCCUGUUCUCCAAGUACAAGUUGAACCGAAAAUUCACUCAUUACGUAAACAAUGGGAUGAACUCAAUACUACAACAGCUGAUAAAAGUGCAAAAAUGGCCGAUGCUAACCGAGAAACACUAUUUGAUGAAACCGCUAAAUCAAUGCUUACUUGGAUCACUGAAGUCAGCUCACAGAUUGUUACUACUACAGAGGAAGUUACUGAGGAGAUCGGCUUAGUUGAAAUUAAUGAACACCUUAAAGAUCAAGAACGUAAAGAUCAAGAAUUGGCUGCUAAACGUAGAAUGCUUCAGGAUAUGGCGACACAUGCAGAAAAACUCAAAGAACAAUAUCCUGAACGUCGUGAAGAAUUUGAACAAGUUCAUCAAGAAGUUCGUAUUCGACUUACUGAACUAGAAGCUCCAUUAGCUGAUCGACGAGAUCGUCUUAUUAAACAAAAAAGAGUUCGACAAUUCUUACGUGAUAUUGAAGAUGAAAAAGAUUGGAUUAAAGAGAAAUUGGCUCUUAUUGAAGAUUCAAGCAAGCUGGGAAGUUCUCUGUUGGCUACACAACAAUUGAUAAGACGUCAUCGUAUGUUAACCAAUGAAGUGGAUAAUCAUCGUCCACGGAUUGAUGCAGUGUGUCAUGAAGGAGAGCAGAUGAUAGUUGAAGGUCAUCCAAGAAGUGAUCGUUUCCGUGAAGCUAUAGAUGAAUUAUGGGUAUUGUGGGAACAGUUGCAACGUGCAGUAGCUGAAAGACAGCAAAAGCUAGCAGAAAAUGAAGUUGCACAACAAUAUCUGUUUGAUGCUAGCGAAGCUGAAGCUUGGAUGGGAGAGCAAGAGCUUUAUCUGAUGGGUGACGAACGUGCAAAGGAUGAACAAGGUGCUAACAAUGCAAUUAAAAAGCACGAACAACUUCAGAAAACUGUUGAAAAUUAUGCUAGCGAAAUCCGGGCAUUGGGUGAACGUAGUCAAGCUCUACUAGAAGCUAAUCAUCCAGAGUCUGAAGCAGUUGUUGCUAAACAGGCUCGUAUUGACAAGAUGUACGCUGGUUUACGUGAUCUUUGCGGUGAACGCCGAUCAAGAUUAAAUGAAAUUCUCAAGUUGUAUCAUCUACUUCGAGAUAUUUUGGAUCUUGAAGCUUGGAUUGCAGAACGUAUUUUAGUAGCAAGCAGUCAUGAAGUUGGUGCAGAUUAUGAGCAUUGUUGUCUACUUCGAGAACGUUUUGCUGAAUUUUCACGUGAAACAAAUGAACUUGGUAAAUAUCGUAUUAGUGGAGCAAAUGAAUUGUGUAACGCCCUCAUUGGUCAAGGACACAGUGAAGCGGCAGAGAUUGCCAGUUGGAAAGAUCGUGUUAAUGAAGCUUGGGCUGACCUACUUGAACUUAUAGAUACACGUAUUCAAUUAUUGAAGACUGCAUGGGAUUUGCAUAAAUUCUUGGCUGAUUGUCAGGAUGUAUUGGAUCGUAUCGUUGAUAAAGUAAGCAGUAUACCAGAAGAAGUUGGACGUGAUGCUAAAGCUGUGGCUGCACUUCAACGCAAGCAUAACACAUUUGAAUGUGAAUUAGCACGUUUAGGUACUCGAGUGGAAGGCAUCGUUGAAUCAGCAAAUGGUUUACUGCCAUCUUAUGCUGCAGAUAAAGAGCGCCUUAUAUGCGAUCGUCGAGAUGAAGUUAUUCACGCUUGGCGACAAUUACAGUGUGCUACUGAACAACGUAAAGCCCACUUACAUGAUGCUUCUGAUGUUCAUCGUUUCUUCUCUAUGGUACGUGAACUUCGUCUAUGGAUGGAUACUAUUCGUACUGAAAUGACUACAAAAGAGAAGCCAAGGGAUGUAUCUGGAGUUGAAUUAUUAAUGAAUAGUCAUCGAAGUCUGAUGGCUGAAAUUGAUGCUCGAGAGGAGAAUUUCAGCAUUUGCCUAAGUCUAGGCCGUACACUGUUGAAUCGUCGACAUCCGCGAGAAGAAGAAGUUAGAGAAAAAUGUAUACAGCUUGUUACUGAGAAAAUUUUACUCAACGAUCAAUGGGCAGAACGAUGGGAAACAUUAGGUCUUCUCUUGGAAGUUUAUCAAUUUGCUCGAGAUGCUGAAAUUGCGGAUACUUGGCUUAUGUCUCAAGAAGCUUAUCUUAAUAAUACUGAUUUAGGCGAAACAUUGGAUGAAACUUUAGCACUGUUAAAGAAGCACUUUGCAUUCGAACGUGCAGCGGCUACUCAAGAAGAGCGUUUCCGAGAUCUUGAAAAGCUUACAACUCUUGAAUUAAAGGCACGUGAACGAACUCCAGAAACGGAAGCAGCUAAACGUCUUGAAAAGGAAAGAAAGAUAGCUGAAGCCAUUAAAGAAUUCCAACCACCUCCUCCCCCAGUAUCAGUGCCUAUACCUACACCUGUUUCAGAAGCUGAAAAACGCUCUGUAGACAUUAGAGAUUCUGAACAUGUUAGUCGACCUGCUGCUGUAACAACACCACGACAUGGACGAGUAAGUUCUGAAGUCGGUAGACCUUCAGCACGUGAUUUCGAAGGUGUCUUAACGCGUAAACAUGAAUGGGAGACAGGUACAAAGAAGGCUUCUUCUCGUUCAUGGCAUGAGUUAUAUUUUGUUCUGUCAUCAAGUUCAUGUACACUUUCAGCCUAUAAAGAACAAAAACACGCCAAAGAAAGACCUGGAGAUUUAUACCGUCAUGAACUUCCUGUCAGUUUAGUUGGCGCUUCUGCUGCACCAGCUUAUAACUAUGCUAAACGUCGUUUUGUUUUCCGUCUUAAACUUUCGAAUGGUGGUGAAUCUCUGUUUCAAGCUCAUUCAGAAGAAGAAAUGCAUAAUUGGGUGCAGGCUAUUAACGCAGUAGCAGCUAGUGCUGGUGGUGGACAACCAAUGGAACCGUCUUCUUCUGCUGCUGGUGGACGAGCAGCUACUCUUCCAUCUGGAGUUGCUCCUGAACCUCAAGGUACAAGUAGCUCUUCUGCCACUGGAAAGAAGAAAUUCUUUACUUUAGGUCGUAAGAAGUAAUAUGUCUGUGUGUGUGUGUAUGGUCACCAUCUGCAAAUAGACUUGAAUUCCAUAUUUCUGACUUCGUAAAUUUCGUCAACUACCCAUUUUUAUAUUAUAUAAUAUCCAGUCUUAUUACUAUUAUUCUAGUUUAUAAUAACUCCCCAUUGAUUAAUUUUGCUUGUGUGUUCACCACUAUCGUGUUGUUGUUAAUGCAAAAGAAAAGCUGUUUGUUUUCCCAACACGAGUGGGUGCACAAACCGGCCAGCCCCACUACUACUACUUCUCCUCCUCCUAUUUUCGCUCUAAGUGCGUGCGCCAGCGCAUUUUCGUUUUUGGAAAAUUUCCAAAAAACCGUGCCACCACUGUUUUUUGUUUCUCUAAAGUCACUUGGUUUUUUGGCUCUUUUCUCGCAUAAAUAAGCGCAGAUUUUGCCUCCGGUUUUCAUGCCAACAAACAAACAGUACAAUACAGACAGACUCACACAGAUGUCUUCUCUCCAAAAAUCACGUUCUUCUCUGGGGGGUGUUUUCGUGUCCUGCGGAAGGUAUUAAUUAUCUCCCUCCCCGCGCUCUCGCUCUGUCUCUCUCUACAUCAAAACCUCAAAUGAAAUUAUUAAUAAUAAUCCUCAGUUUUAGGAUAUUAUUAUUAUUAUUGCCACUAUUACUACUAUUAUUGUUAUUACUGCUAUUGUUAUUCUAUUUUAUAUUUUGUAAAGUUACUCCAAUAAUAAUAAUCAUUGAUGAGUUAGUUUAUUCUUCCGUUCGUUUGUUUGUUUUCUUGAUUCUUGGUUAAUCUGUUUAAGCUCUUAAUUAUUAAACAUUAUAAAUAUAUAAACUAUACACACGCUUACACAUACCUAUGAACAAAUAUCAAGCAACUUGUGAAUUUAUCAAUUUUCUAUAAUAAAAAAAAGAAGUAAUAAACAGUGUAUCGUUUGCAUUUCGCUUAUAAUUCUGUUGUCUCUGUAUGCUCUUUUACUGUGUUUCUCCUAAAUUGCUUGAGAAAACAAAAUAUAUAAUUUCGGCUAGUUUUUUUUCUACUGCGCUUUCUCGUUCUAGUUCCCCUGUUCUCAACUAUAUACACGUGCAUAUAUACAUGCAUGUGUGUGUGUAUGUUUCCGCCCCUGCUUGUCCAACAUUUACACUGAUCACUGAAGAAAGUGCAGAGAAAGUCUUAAUUUGCACACUAUCGACCACAUUUUGUCACAUAAUCCGUGGAACUGUCAAUUUCUCGCCUUGCUGCUGAAUAAUAUUAUCUUUGUUUCGUUGUUUUAUUUUUGUUUAAAAAAAUCCGCUUUCUGCAUUGCUUUCUAUGCGGUUGGUGUGUAGAAACAACAGUUAUGGUGAGUGUGUAUAAUAAUAAUAUAUAUGUAGUCUUCACAGUUAUUGAAACUGUCUACCAUAUACGGUAAUGACAAUCAACAUGCUGGAGAAAAGUAAGCCGAAGAAUAAUUGCCAGAGUCCUUUUACGAUUAAUUAGGCUGAAGGGAAGGACUCCUCAUCUUACUACACAAUAAGUCUUGUUGGUGUUGUUGUUGUCGUUCUUGUCGACGACGAUGAUUUCGUCCAUCUUGCUAUUGCCUUUCUGUUUUUGUGUUUCUCCUCUUCUCCACUUUUUUUUGUCGUACGCUUGGUCUUAAAUCAAUUUUGUUACUUGUUAUUGUUUUACACUAAAUUAAUUGACGAAUUCACUAACUAAUGGAUGAAUUAAUUAAAAGCGAGCUAUACAAAAUAAAUGCGUAUAGUUAAUUUUCUUUUCGAUGAAACAUUGUCUAUUGCUCUUUGUUGUCGUUGUCCUGUCUUUCUUUAAACUGUUUCUGCUGCAUAUUACAGAUUCACAACAGUUUAAUAUUAUUCAUAGGGUGAUCCAUCUACUUCCAAGAUGUACUGCUCAAUAUGAAUUGUAGAAUCAUUGUUAAAAGACAAGUGGGGUGGAAACUAACGAGUACCGGAAAAGUGUGUCAUUUUGGUAGAACUAUUUCUCAGCAAUACACUUCCACUUUAUGAUCGAGUAAAUCUGUAGCUUUCAAGUGAAUGAUAAUUCUUUGUGUAGUUGUGUUCUCUGACCUCUUCCUAGACUAAAUCUUCAGUGGUGGGAUCCAGGUCAUGUGUUUCUUCCUGUCUAAGAAUCAUCAGCUGCAUAUCCCGUAUCCUCAUUUGAGUGACAGUAUGCUCCUACAGAAGCUGUAGUUUAACAACGAUAUUUUCAAGAUGUGAAGGCCUAACUGAUAUACACCACUAACCCAAGAGAUCCUAUUUUUUUUCUGGCCCCACCUCUCACUUUUGAUGAAAUCGCAAUUGAUCGAAGUAUGAUUUCUGUCUUCCAGAAAUAACCACAAUUAACUAAAUCACAGUAUGUUUGAAGUGCCCGUACUAAAAGCCGAAAUGGGAACAGAGCUCGACUAUUUCUGUGCAAUAGAAUACAUUAUUUGGAUAUUGAAAAUUUUGAAUUUCAACAAAUAAUUACACUCAAAUGUUUGCUUCUAGAGAUUUUAUCGGUUUCAAACUGAUUACGGAUCGAUAUCAGUUAGAGGACAGCUGUUUCGUCUUGGCCUAGGACUCUCUGGCACCCAUUACCCCACAAGCGAUUCGCUUCGUUUCCCAUUCAGUCACUGGAGCGCGGGAUCCAACAUCCCUUUGAUUUAAACUUCUGAUUCUCGAUUCUUAGCGCCACCAAAUAAGGAUGAAACAGUUGUCCUUUACUCCUGGCUUUCAAUGAUUCUCCAGUGAUGUCCGUCAUCAAGCUUGAAACCAAAUAAUUUCUCAUUUUGUUCAUUGUUUGAUAGUCAAUCGAACACCUUUUGUGGUAUCGAAAGUGAUAAACAAAUAUGCAACUUCAAUAACUUGUAACACCGUAUCAAUAAUUGAUGUAGAAGAAAUUGUUUCAGUUGAACUACUCUGAAUUUUUAGCUUCCC